CAAAUGAAAUUGGGCUAUAAGGCUCCAUUGGCCAGCAUAUAGCCACCGUCUAUUUUCCGUCGAUGGAAAAAGAAAAGGGUUUGUUUAACUUUUUCUCGAGAAAGAGGGUUCCAUGAAUCUGUAGUUGCAGUAGAGGGAGAGAGGAAAUGGGUGAUAAUCUAUUCGAAGGACUACCACCUCCCUCUAAUCAACAGCAACAAAAUCAACAAGUAGAAGAGAAUGCUUCAAAUAACAGAGAACCAUCUCCAGUACCACCACCAGCUCCAACCCCUGUUUUGAAGAGUGCUCUCAAGCGCCCCAAACCCGUUGAAUCCACCCCGGACCAUGAAGACACUAUGACUGAAAAGGCCACGGCACCAGAAAAGCGGUUGAGGUUUAAAACCACAACAGAUGCCUCAGUGACGCAACUGAUAGAGGCCAUGCAGAAGAUAGCAUCACACAUCAAGAAUCCAACAAAGUUUUCUAAGGCUUCUAAGCUUGCCAUACAGCUAAUUCAGGCUGGAAGUGUAAAGCCAGGAACUAGUGACCACUUCUUUGCCAUACUUGAGGCUGCAAUGUCAUCAACCACCUCUUGUACUGAUCCUUCGUUGAGGGCAGAUUAUCAUGCCUUGUUCUCAGCGGCACAGGAUGCUGCUGAAUGCCUCACUAAGAACAAGAAGAAUGAAUUAGCUAUAUGGACAAUUAGAGCGGUGGUGGCAAAUGACUUAUUCACUGAUGACAGCUUUGUGUUUUCAAAGGCGGCAGGACGAAUAAAAGAAGCUAUAAGUAGUCUUCCAGUUGCAUCUGAGGAUGAUGACAUGGAAGAAGCUGAAGCCCUAAAGGAUGAUAAAGGAACAACUAAUGAAGACAAUGAAAACAAGCAGGAUUUAUGUUCAGGUACUUCAGCUGAAGAAAAUAAGAUGGAUGAGUCUGAUCCAUUUGGGCUCAAUGCUUUUAUGAGUAACGCAAAGAAAGAUGAAAGGGUAAAAGGAAAGAAAAAUACAUUAGCCAAGAUGCGCAAGGAGGAGGAGGAAGGGAAUAAGAGCUUCCUCAAAGGUCAGAGAGAAUCCUUGAUUAUUUGUUUAGAGAUUGCUGCACGCCGUUACAAAACUCCAUGGUGCCAGACAGUGAUAGACAUUUUGGUAAAGCAUGCCUUAGAUAAUGUUGCAAGGUUCACAUCUCGACAAAGGGAUGCAAUAGAGAAACUUUGGUCCUCUAUACGGGAACAGCAUACUCGUAGAAAGCAAGGGAAAUCAGUAAAUGGGAAACUUGAUGUGACUGCUUUUGAAUGGCUUCAACAAAAAUAUGCAAGUGAAAAAAUCAGUAUUCGGCAUUCUGUUGGUGGCAGUGGGGAUCGUCGUGCUCAACAGUGGCUUGGUUGAUACCUUAUUUGAUAUUGCAAUACAACAGUACUGAUGACAGCUAACACCCAGAAAACAAAUUGAAAAUCUCAAGUGAAGUAUUGUUUAUUCCAAUGUAACAUGAAUUAUCAAGUUAGAAAUUCUCACUAUUAUGGAGUUGAAGAGAGUGAUUAUGGGUGCCCUCCGAAAUUUCCAAUGGUAUCAACGACAAAACCAGGAAAAGGAGAAUAGAAACCGCAAAAGCCAUUAAAUUUACAUUAUUUCCAAA